UUAUUUACAAUGAAGGGAAUCCAGACUUGCUUGUUGAAGGGGGACCAGACUUCCAAAGAAGCUAUUUGUGCGGGAAUGUUGCAUCUCCUCAACUUUGAAUAUCACCAAAAUGCUGCUUUUUGCUUGUUGUGUUUCCCCCCAAACAUCCAGCUAUUCCUCUUUAUCAUCAGCUGAUGGCACCGCGCCUUGUUUCCUUCCAUAAACACACGCAUGCAAACACACAACUACACGCUUCCUAACGCAAUCCAUUCACUCCUGUGCUCUCUCUCCCUGCCUCUCUCUCUCUCUUCUGUUAAAGCUUCUCACAUUCCCACAAGCGUAGAAGCGCUUUGGAAGAAUUGGAUGAAGCUGCUCGUCUCCACCUCACAGGACUAAAAACACUCAUUUUAGCUGAUUUGCUUAUCAUUAACAAGGUGUUAAAGGUAUUUCCUAAUCGGGCUUUUUAUAUUGUUCUGCUUUUUUUCAAGUUUUUGGACGCGGAUUCCCGGAUAACGAGAGUUUUACGCAUUUCUCGGAUCCAGCCAGGCAGCCACGCAGGAGGGACUUCUUCUCAUCAGCUGCUUUCUCGCAAUAAAACUAGGAAUACGCUCUCUGCGGGGGGAUUACAAGACGACUUUAAAUAGGCACAGUGCGUUAAAAGGAAUAAUUAGUGGCCGCCUCCAUUGUCUCCAGCGCGCACACGCUCCGUUCUCUCCAUAUGGCGUAAAACGCGCCGAAUAAAGUCUCCAAAAGAGGCACUUUGGCAGCUUCAGGUUCCAGUUUGAUCCGGACAAAGUGUACAAAUGACAAACCCUCGUCUCCGUUGAGCAGCUCGGAUGUUGGUUCCGACCCUGAACGGGAGCUGAACCGUCUCCUGUCAGCUUCAUUUCCUCCUUCAUGGCUUUUCUCUGGAUGUAGAGCGGAUCAUGGCUCUUUUACUUUCCUCCAGGUCGCAGCAUAAUCUGUCUGCCUGAUGGUGAAAACACUGCUUUUGUAAAGAAAAGGUGAAGCAUGACUGCAGCAGCAGGUGUCCUAACAGGCUUGGCCAAGCUAAAGCGCCAAGACUCGGCCCGCUCUCAGCAUCGACCCAUAUCAGCAGCAUCGGGUCUGGGGAACGGCGGUGCUGAUGGAGCACCGAGAAAGCGGAAGCGGCGCACCGAUGUCGUGGUGGUCAGAGGAAGACUCCGUCUGUACUCGGCCUCUGGGUUUUUCCUCCUCCUGGGACUGGUGAUCUUGGCCAUAGGGAUUGGCAUGGCAACGCUGGGUUACUGGCCUCACAGUAAAAGUGUUCCAACCGGAGGAGAACGUGGAGUUGAAACUGAGAAGGACGUGGCCAACAUGAGUCACAGUGUACAAGAUUCACCCUCCAAGCCGCCUGAGGGCGUCCUGAUGCGUUUCCUCGAUCAGCACCUUCACUCCGAGAGGAUGAAGAUGCUCGGGCCCUUCACCAUGGGCAUUGGGAUUUUUAUCUUCAUCUGUGCUAAUGCCAUCCUUCACGAAAACAGAGACAGAGAAACGAAGAUUAUCCACAUGAGAGACAUGUACUCCACUGUCAUCGACAUCCAUCGUCUCAGGCAGAAGGAGCUAAAACAAAACCAUCAUCGUAGCAGCACCUGUGCAAGAGAAGCCAUAGAUAUUCGAGCUUUUGGAGCCGAUACAGCAGCUCGGUUAGCUAGCAACUCCCUGCUAGCGUUCUCCACCCGGCCUGGAGGCAUUAGUGGGUCUACAGAGGAGGAAGAGGUGCUGCUAGGGGAUGAGGAACUUCACAGAUGCAAAGAGCAAGUUAAGUUGGAUUGUAGCUUUGCAGGGCUGCUGGCGCCGCUCUAUAAGGAUCGGUCAUAUUGUGGCGCUGGACUCGGUUUGACUCACUCGGAUUCGAUGCGACAUCAGUGGUCAGUGGAUGGAGAUGGGGAGAAGGGAGGACACCAUGCACGAUCUAUUGUCUCCUCCUCUAUCUCGGCAUUUACUCUCCCUGUUAUUAAACUCAACAACUGUGUGAUCGAUGAGCCAGAGAUGGAGGCAAUAACUGAGGAGGACAGAGGAGCAGAGAGGCGAGACGGCGAGAGGCCACCGCCGCUGAGCUCCAUGGAGUCUCUGGUGGUUCCUGUAGCAACUGUCGCCAAGGCGUCCAAACCGCCAGGUUUACACCGGAGCAACUCUGCCUCCUCUUCCUCCCGAUGCUCCUCUUUCUCCUCUUCCUCCCUCUCCCCGGCUCCCUCCUCUACCUCAGGAUGCUGGCUUUCUCCUGGAGCAGCGAGGAACGACUUUGGCUCCAACUCCUCUCUACACAUGCUCAACAGCCAUUCCAAAUCUCUGGACCUGGAGCGUGGACCGAGCAUGCUCAGUGUGCACCCGGAGCAGCAUAAGCACCCCAGCUGGCCCAGACUGGACCGUAGCAACAGCAGCCGGAUUAACAGUGGAAACCGAGGUAGCAGUAAAGGCUACGUUCGGCUGGAGGACAGGGAAGAGCAGGGGGAUCGACUCCUGGAUGCUUCCCAGUCGGCGACAGCCAGACGCGACUACAGCAAACGAGAGAAGCUGCUCAUGAUAUCCAGGUCACAUAAUAAUCUGAGCUUUGAGCAUGACGAGUUCAAUAGCAGCACACUGAGGAGAGGCAGCUCCGAGACUCGAUUCUGACAGUUCUGUCCUGUUCUGUAAAUUGCUCUCCACACAGUGGGGGUGUACAGCUUGGACCGGAGGGAGCUGACGAGUUCAACAGCUUCACUCCUCCAGAGAGAGGAAACUCAAAUGUGGCUUAAAAGACAUCCUUUUUGAGCAACAGGUUGGAGUGAUAUGGACCAGCUGGCACAGUUACAGGUUCAGGCCUCGUGUUAGCGAGAUGCCACCUGCCCACCCAGUCAGAGGUGUUCUUGGCUGUAGGUGACUUAUGACCUCUGUGGAGGGAAGCAAGCGCCCUCCAGGGAUCAGUAAUCAAUUAAACACAUCAUGUUCCAUCAUCAGUCUACUUUAUACAAAAAUAGUUCUGAUCAAUAGGAUUUGAACCCUAAGACAAGGCUUUAUGAAUACUGCUACAAGAGGUUUUAAAAUGUUCUUCUUUUAAAGAGCCCAUAUACUGCAGAUUUACAGGUUUAGAGUUUCAUUUUUGGCUUUUCAGCCGUUUCCACUGCACUGCACCAGAACAAUAACAAAUAAUAGUUACCAGGCGUAACUCAAGUUCUGUGACCAUGUAGAAGAUAGGAUAAUAGAGGUCUAUUGUUGCCCAUGUGCUGAAUUUAACUAGUAGAAGACUGCUAACCAACAACGACAUUAAGAGGGCAGAAAAAAUUCUGCUAGUUGUCAUUUCUGUGUUUCACCAGUAAGUGUGUACAUCCUCACAGUGGUGUUUCAGAGGCACUUUGAAGUACCUACUCUGGAGUGGGUACUAUUUUCUCCUUCGAAAAUGACCCUGAAAGUGAUUCUACAGAGGCAGAACAUGAAUCAAGGUUCAGACCACACUAAUAUGUUCUUAGAGUGGUAAACAGCCUUUUAUUCACAUGCUUUAAUGUUCAAAAAACUUGUUUUUCUCAUUCUGUACAGGGCUGCAGCUUAUCUUCUGUCAGAAACAAUGUUUUAGCUUCUGUCUCGUUAAGGCUCACCUCCUCUAAAGCCCAAUUUGCUCUGAUUGGUCAAAAACGAGGUAAUGUUGGUUAUGUACCUCAAAUCUAGAUCAUUAUAUUACAGGAAUUAAUGUAUAAAGAUAGAUGAAGGUUUUUCCUGCAGAGUGAUUUUGAAGCUCAGUGUGGUGCCAUACUGCUAAUUAUGCAUAAUUAUGAACCUUAGUCCAGUUUAAACAGGUGAGCUAUGUAAACGUCACAUAAAGGAAAGUUGUCAAAAACAGGAAAAAUAGCUAGAGAGACCAAAACAGUGCUUUGUUUCAGGCUGUAAACACGUUUAUUUUGUCUGUAAAGUUGGACAUUUUAACAUGGGGGUCUAUGAGGACUGGAUCCAGCCUCCAGUGGAUGUUAGAGGAACUGCAGCUUGCCCCAGAUUUCUGAGUAUCAUCAUGUAGCUCUAGCAAAAGCAGCUCUAGUGACAAAAUCUGCUCAUUCUUUCUUUGAAGGCCAAACUAGCCACCAGGCAGACGUUAUAUAAAUGCAUUACAUGGUGACAGAAGAAAAGAUUGAGCUUCAAACGAGGUGUUUCAGGCAGGUUAGGACCAGCAUUUUCUGUGGGAGAGAGUAACUCGGUAAGUCCCUUUGGAGUGGAUUUUGGGCUUUGUGAAUGUGCAGAUCUGUUACAUGCUCACAAAGAAGCAGCUAUAUAACACACUGAAGGACAGGAGGAACAUGAAAAGCAGAAUAUGGGCUCUUUAAAGUGAAAUCAAGGACACACAGGAAGCUUUUUGAGCCAAUUUCUUCCUCAGUAAAAUGACACGAAGGCAAAUGUCCAAGUCUCCAAGAUGAUAAUAAUAGUUAUAAUAAUAUAUUUAACUGUAUAGCACAUUUGAAACAGUUACAAAGUGCUUAAUGUGGUUGUAUAGAAGACAUGAAAACUGAUCCAGAACCUGUUUGUAAGUUAUAGCCUGGAUGAUGCUACAAUGAGGCACUAGCAUCCAAAAGAUAUAGAUAUUAGUGGUACUUGUUUUAAUGGUGGUUACUGUAUGUUUGUAUCAUGUCGAGGUAGGUCCACACAGACAGCAAAGUCAGACAAAGCCAGUUAAUGUCAGUUACUACAAGAUGGAAGCCUACAGAAUACAAACUCUCAGUGUUACUGCCCUUUCCCAGGAGCUAUAGUAGGAACAUUUGGCUCCGAUAUCUGUCCAACAACACAUGGCCCCAACUGCAAACUAGAAAUAACAACCCUCUCUGUACGGCUCUGCUGCAGGCACUUUAAGGUUCUCUUUUACAAGAUUAAACUGUAAUUAAAUUUCGCUCAGGAUAUGCAAUCUGUUGCUCACACACAGGGUUUUUUUUUUCCAGCAUAGAGGAAUUUUAGACGCCUCCCCAAAAGAGGUCUGAGCCUGAGCCAAAGGAAACUCACCAGCGCCAAAAUGAUAAGAGUUUAGCAUAAACAUUUUUUUCAAGCGGUUUUGUUAAUUGGAGAUUCAUUUACUGAAAGACAUAAAAACAGACGUCUUGUUUAUCAAAUGGUCAGAAAUAGCAAGGAAAAAUGCAGAUUUCUGCCAAAUAAUGUCACUCAGAGUCAUGAAUAGUUACCACACAAAGGCCAAGUCUGAGCCAGAAAUACCCAAAUCUGUUUACUGUAUGAGAAAACCCUGGUGUAUUCUGAUCAGUCGACUGUAAACAUAUUAGCUAUUGAAAAUUUGAAAUUUAUCACAUUCAUAAAUCAGACCUCUCCAACAAUCAAAUAUAGCAACAAAACUUACUCAAUAUACAAAUCAAAAAACCUCUAAUCAGAAAAUCAUCUUCAUAAAUGACCAUUUUCAUGAAACUUAAACAUCUUUUUUUGUUGCUGUAACUGAGAUAUUAUUGAAUUAUUUUAUGUUUUAACAACAAAUGUUACACUGAGCCCAGAAUAAAUCACCAUGUCCACAUGUAUCUUGUGCUGCGACAAUAAAUUGUUGCUUCCUGUUCUUUUCCUACAUAUGAUGAUGGUUUCAGGACAAAAUUCAGGAACUCGUGUAACAAACCCGAUGCCUCCGUAAGGUUCAGUAUCUCUGUUUCAGGUUCUGUUUGGUUUGUCAGCUACCUUAACACUUGUGUAAAUGUCCUUAGAAAUAUGUGAAGAGUAACGCGUCAUUAUUUUGGCUUUAACAUGAUGUUUGGUGGCAGGAGAACCCUUUCUAAUAGAGCAGGACACUUGUGAGAGAGUUUGACUUGUCACUGUCCGAUUUUAAGCUCUCUCAGAAUAAAUUGUAAUUUCACUGAAA